UCAGUAAGUGCACCAUUGCACCUUCUCUGUUACUCCGGGAGAAAUGUGUUUGGCAGCGCGUUUGUCUCUGACGUGCACAGCGAGAGUCUCCACUGAUGUUGACUGGGUGUAGAAAUCUCCCUUGGACAAUUUUAUCGCUCACCUGCAGAAGAGUUUGUACCAGGGGGAGCUCAAUCUCACCCUCUGCACUCUGCUCUCCCGCCUCAACAGUAUCGCACAUCCCUCCCUCUCUCCCUUCACCUACUCACAGUCACAGCUUCCUGACAAGCCGACAAACCUCCGUUCCCCCUCACCCAUCUGUUCAUUUCUCCUCCGCCCGCUCCCUCUCUCAUUCUACUCAGUUUUGGGGCCCGAUGGAGCUAAAAGAGGUUCUGCAGGUGCUGGAGCAGCUCGCUCCCCUGUCACUUGCUGAGUCAUGGGACAACGUUGGCCUCUUGGUUGAGCCAAGCAAAUCUCGGCCUGUUAAAAGCAUCCUGCUGACGAACGACCUUACAGAUGCUGUCAUGCAGGAAGCAGAGACCAUGAGCUGCGACCUCAUUAUUUCGUAUCACCCUCCGUUAUUUCGGCCAAUCAAGCGCCUGGUUCAGAAAGAUUGGAAGCAGCGAUUGGCCAUCCAGGCAGUGGAGGCCGGGAUAGCGAUAUUCUCCCCUCACACUUCGUGGGAUAGUGUUAAAGGAGGGGUAAACGACUGGCUGGUUGGGGGACUUGGUAGCGGCCAGGUGUCUGUGCUGAGUCAGGCCCUCGGUGGCGCCUCCCACUGUCACAAACUGGAAUUCACGGUCAGGAGCGCAGAGGAACUAACCGCUGUCAUGGAGGAACUGAAGGCUUGUGAUGGUGGAACGACACCACAGCUUUCAGUUAGCAGACCAGACAACAGCGGGAUCCAUGUCAGUGUUACCUGCAGUGACUCAGCGCUGACCCCCAGUGUCCACGCACUGCUACGACACACCACUCCCAGCCAGUCCCUCAGCAUCCUGAAGUUAGAGAAGCCCCCUCUCCCAGGACACGGCCAAGGGCGGCUCAGUGUUUUGGACCAGCCGGUAACCGUGGCAACAGCCAUUCAGAAAAUGAAGUCUCACCUGGGUCUGAGUCACCUCCGUUUGGCUCUAGGAUGGGGUCAGACGCUAGAGUCCCCUGUGCGUACUGCGGCUGUGUGUGCUGGAUCAGGGGCUUCAGUACUGACUGGGGUCAAGGCAGACCUCUACAUCACAGGCGAGAUGUCCCACCAUGAAGUGCUGGACGCCGUGUCGAAGGGAACCACCGUCCUCCUCAGCGAUCACAGCAACAGUGAGCGGGGUUUUCUGGCUGUGUUCAGGGAGCGGCUGGCUGUGCGGGUUCCUGACAGUGUCACUGUGGUGGUGUCAAAGGCCGACAGAGACCCGCUAGAGGUGGUCUGACCAGUUUGACCUGAAUCACUGGGUAAAAUGCAGAUGUUUUGAUAAGAGUAAGAGUAAUGUCUGCUUUGAAAUGUGUGUGAAAUGACUGAAUAAAAACCCCUAUCGUCCA